UCACUCAACCCUCUCUUUAAAAUCCAAUCACCCACCUUCCAUUCUUCUCCCCCCAAAUCCAACGGCUCACAUUCCUCAUUCUAGACCCUUCUUAAACACCUUCCUCUCUCUCUAUCUCUCUCCUUCUUUCUUUUUAGUGAUUCCUUAACCAUGGUUGAGUUAGCUAAACCCUUCUGAGCUUUUAGCGGUCCAGUGUUAAUAACUACUCCCCCCAGUUCAUUCUUUGGGGGCUAUAGAGAGAGAUAACGCGCAGAGAUUGAUAGAUAAUAUAGAGAGAGAACAGAAAUUCCGAAGCUCAAAUUCAUGAAUCUUUGAUUUAAUCAAUCAUUAUUUUCAUCCUUUUUCUUGAAUUUACAAUCCAGUUUGAUUUUUCCCUGUCUGGAAAUUUCUUUACUUGGAAGUUGGAUUUUUGUUUUCCAGAUCUCUCUUAAUAUAAGAUAAUCGGAGUACUAUUAAGAAUCUUACUGAGUACGAUGGGUUUCUGAGUUUUUCAGUGUAACGAUUCUGCUGAAAUUUCAAGAUUCAUUUGGUGUUUGAUACUAAGAAGGAGGUGAUUUAGGGUUUUGAAGGGUGUUAAAUUAAAUUAAUGAUCUUGGACCUCCUGUGCCAUCUGAGUAGUUUUUCUGUUGACGGAUUAGGGUUUAGGGUGCUAGCUUGAGAGAGGAGGCAGGGCUCUCUUUGACCAUGUCUAAGGUAAACAGCCCUGUUCAGACCCAAGUCCCAGUUGGGAUUUUCAAGAAUCCAUUGUCGAGUUCUGGGGAUUUCCAUGGAAGAGUUUCUGCAACUGGUAGGAGACGCGUGUUUGUGCAGAUGGAUACUGGGUGUGUGUUAGGGAUGGAGCUGGAUCGGAGUGAUAAUGUUCAUACUAUAAAGAGAAGGCUUCAGAUUGCACUCAAUGUUCCAACAGACGAGAGCUCCUUAUCUUAUGGAGAUAUGGUGUUGAAGAAUGACCUUGAUGCUAUUCGACAUGAUUCACCACUCCUUUUGACGAGGAGCAAUAUGCACCGAAGCUCAUCCACCCCGUGUCUCUCUCCAAGAGGUGAGGAUCUCCAGCAAAAGGAUAGAAGUGGUCCGAUCGAGUUGUUGGGACGGUCGGACCGGUUUGUGAUUACGAAACAGAUGGUUAAGGACAUUGCUAAGGCUAUAAAGAAGGGUGUUGAUCCGAUGCCUGUGAACGGUGGGCUUGGCGGUGCUUACUACUUUAGGAAUGUUAGGGGUGAGAGUGUUGCUAUUGUGAAACCCACUGAUGAAGAGCCUUUUGCACCGAACAACCCGAAAGGGUUCGUGGGUAGGGCUCUUGGGCAACCGGGUCUGAAGAGGUCUGUCCGUGUAGGGGAGACAGGUGUUAGAGAAGUGGCUGCUUAUCUUCUUGAUCACCAGCAUUUUGCAGGUGUACCUGCCACGGCUUUGGUGAAGAUCACUCACUCUAUCUUCAAUGUCAAUGAUGGGGUGAAUGGUAACAAACCUCACAAGAAGAAACUGGUUAGCAAGAUUGCUUCUUGCCAACAAUUCAUUCCACAUGAUUUUGAUGCUAGUGACCAUGGAACUUCAAGCUUUCCUGUCUCAUCUGUGCAUAGGAUUGGGAUCCUGGACAUUAGGAUUUUUAACACCGAUAGGCAUGCUGGCAAUCUACUUGUCAGGAAGCUUGACGGUGUGGGGAGAUUUGGUCAAGUUGAGCUCAUUCCCAUUGACCAUGGUCUUUGUCUCCCAGAAAGUUUCGAGGAUCCGUAUUUUGAAUGGAUCCACUGGCCUCAAGCUUCGAUCCCGUUUUCCGAGGAUGAGCUUGCUUAUAUCGAGAGCCUAGAUCCAGAUAAAGACUGUGAGAUGCUCCGCUCCGAGCUUCCUAUGAUCCGUGACGCAUGUCUUCGUAUUUUGGUGCUCUGCACCAUUUUCCUCAAGGAAGCUGCCGCCUUUGGUCUGUGUCUCGCUGAGAUUGGUGAGAUGAUGAGCAGGGAAUUCCGUAGUGGAGAGGAGGAGCCUAGUGAACUCGAGCUAGUGUGCGUUGAAGUGAGGAAGCUGGUUGAAGAAAGGGAGUUAUUUGUCCCGGAAUCUGAAGCCGGUGAAGACGAAUUUCUGUUCGACAUUGAUUAUGAGGAUCCUGAAUGGGACAACACUCCAAAAAUGGGAAAUGGAGAUGAUUAUUUCAGCAGAUCAUCACCAGUAUUUGGUGUAAAUGGCAGAAACCCUCUCUCAAAGCUCGAGGAAAGUCUCGAAGAAGAAGAGGAAAGUGAAGAUGGGGAGAAAGAUGGGGAGUUGGAGGAGGAGAAGGGUGGUUUUAGAAUGCUACCUGUUCCUCAAAAGUACCCAUCAAUGUCAAUGAUAUCAAUGUCCCUCAAAAAUACCAGUUUAGGUGAAAAGAUUCAGAAAUUUCCAGGGAUGAAAACUGAACAUGGUGGUUAUUCAUCCUCUGGACAUAGGAGUGCAAAUGAGCAGCUCCCUGCAAGUGCAAGCUUUGUGAAGGUAGUUGACAUGAAUGAGGAAGAGUGGGCAUUCUUUCUUGAGAAGUUCCAGGAGUUGCUUCGCCCAGCAUUUGCUGAGCGGAAGGCUGUCACUCUUGGGCAGAGACAGAGACAGAGGCUCGGAACUUCUUGCCAGUUUUGAGGUAGAGAAAUACUUACUUAAACAGGUUUAAGAGAAGAGGGUUUAGCUGGUUGAGAGGAAAUAAGGUUUUGUAGGCGGUUGCGACAGAGGAGGGGUCGAUAGGAUUAAGUAGUGGUGGUGGUGGUGGGGUUGUGGUGGUGGUGGGAGCGGAGGCAGCAGUUUGGUGAAGUGCUGUAAAUAUUCUUUGAAGGCAGGCCGGGCGGGCGGGUACUGGUUCAGUGAAGUGGUGGCUGCCAUGUCUGUCUUAGCAGGAUUUGUUUGUAUUUUUUUGUUCUCUUCUUUAGAAAAGCUUUGAAGCUUUUUUUUUCUUUUUAGAUUUUUCUUUUCACUCUUUUGUGGGCUUGUUGAUAAAUAAUUUUGUAGAAAAUGAGAAGUCCUUCAGGAAAAAAAAAGAAAAUAGAAAUGAUUGUAUAUAUACUACCACUGAGACUGUUGUUUCUUGUGAA